AAGAAGAAGAAGAAGAAGAAGGGUUUUCUUGUUAAGACGAUGCAGACGGAGCAGCCUCAGCAGCAAUUAAUGGUGCAGAACAACCAGGGAAGCCUCAGCUUCAGCAGCCAUUUGUCGAAGGAAGAUGAAGAAAUUUCGAGGUCCGCUCUCUCAACUUUCAGAGCCAAGGAAGAGGAGAUCGAGAGGAAGAAGAUGGAGGUUCGAGAGAAGGUUCAGGUCCAGCUCGGCCGCGUUGAAGAAGAGACCAAACGCCUCGCCUGCAUCAGGGAGGAACUCGAAGCGCUGGCAGAUCCGAUGAGGAAAGAAGUGGCUCAGGUUCGUAAAAAGAUCGAUGCGGUGAACAAGGAAUUAAAGCCUCUGGGACAUACCUGUCAAAAGAAGGAAAAAGAGUACAAGGACGCCCUCGACGCCUUUAACGAGAAGAACAAGGAAAAAGUUCAGCUCAUCACGAAAUUAAUGGAGCUGGUGAGCGAAAGCGAGAGGUUGAGGCUGAAGAAGCUGGAGGAGCUGAGUAAGAACAUAGAUACAAUUCGGUAACUGAAUUCAGAUUGAUUGAUUGGAGCGAUCGAUGACAACCCGAUAACCCUGUUUAUGUUUAUUAGGCUUUGGUGUGUGAUGUAUUUAGUAUAAAAAGGAGAAAAAAGGACUCGUUUGUGUAUUUAUUGAAAUCUGGGUGUUUUCUGUGUUUGGGUGUAUUUUUAAUAUUUUGAGUCAGUUUGUUUAUUUUUCCUUUAGAGAAGUUACUCAAAAACACUUUUUAACUGAUUUUAGGAAGGGAAAUGCCCUAUAAACAGGUUUGUAACUGAUCUCAACCUUUGCUCUUCCCUUUUUUCUCCUCUUUUUAAAUCUCAGUCUAUAGGGAAAA